UGCAGCUGUUACUUCCGGCUCCUGCCAGGCGCGGCUGCUGCUUCUUCUUUUUCUUCUUCUUCCAUCUCCUCUGCCAUUCGGUCGUCUCGAAUUUGUAGAUAUUCAGCGGGGUCACCUGCAGCGUUGUCUCCCCUUCCUGCUGAGGCGGCUUCGUGUCCGCGAGCCAGGUCCCGGGGCGUCCGUCAUGGCUGGGCAGAGGAUAGAAGUGGAUGGUGGUAUCAUGGAAGGGGGAGGCCAGAUCCUGAGGGUUUGCACAUCUCUGAGCUGUCUCCUGGGGGUACCCUUGCGGGUGCAGAAGAUCAGAGCCGGCCGCAGUACCCCUGGUUUGAGGCCUCAACAUUUAUCUGGACUGGAAAUGAUUCGAGAUUUGUGUGAUGGACAGCUGGAGGGGGCAGAAAUUGGUUCAACGGAAAUAACAUUUACACCAGCGAAGAUCAAAGGUGGACUCCAUAUAGCAGAUACCAAGACGGCAGGGAGUGUAUGCCUCUUGAUGCAGGUGUCAAUGCCCUGUGUGCUCUUUGCGUCCUCUCCAUCGGAACUUCGUUUGAAAGGUGGAACAAAUGCAGAAAUGGCACCUCAGAUUGAUCACAUGACAAUGGUUUUCAAGCCAAUUGUUGAAAAAUUUGGUUUCACAUUUAAUUGUGACAUUAAAAUGAGGGGCUACUACCCAAAGGGGGGUGGUGAAGUCAUCAUCCGAACGUCACCAGUUAAGCAGUUGAACCCAGUAGACUUAACUGAUCGUGGCUCUGUGACUAAGAUACAUGGAAGAGCUUUUGUCGCUGGUGUUUUGCCACUUAAAUUAGCAAAAGAUAUGGCCACAGCAGCUGUGAGAUGCAUUAGAAAGGAGAUCAGAGAUCUGUACGUUAAUAUUCAGGCCGUCCAGGAACCAAAAGACCAAGCUUUUGGCAACGGAAGUGGAAUAAUCAUUGUUGCAGAGACAUCCACUGGCUGUUUGAUUGCUGGGUCAGCACUUGGUAAACGAGGUGUCAAUGCAGACAAGGUUGGAAUAGAUGCUGCUGAAAUGCUAUUAUCAAAUCUUAGACAUGGUGGUACAGUGGAUGAGUUUCUGCAAGACCAGCUCAUCAUUUUUAUGGCACUAGCCAAUGGAGUUUCCAGAAUUAAGACAGGACCAGUAACACUACAUACACAAACGGUUAUUCAUUUUGCUGAACAACUGACGGAAGCUAAAUUUACUGUGAAGAAAUCAGAAGAUGAAGAAGACGCCUCUAAAGACUCUUACAUUAUCGAGUGCCAUGGUAUCGGGAUGACAAAUCCAAAUCUCUAGGUUUCCCUUUCAAUCAUACUUCAGUGGCAUAUUGCACUGAUUCAUUACAUAAGUUUACAAUAACUAAGAACUUAUUGUAAGGACCUGCUCAGAUUUGGAGAUGAGAUAGAGUUAUAAAUGUGUUGAGAAUCCUUUGUUGAAUUCAUCCCCAUUUGAAUGUCUCCUGAGAUACGACCAUGUAACACUAAUUGGUAAAUAUGUAUUGCUAGCUGCUUUCACUGUUCAAGUGAAAUAAAAUGCUCCUUUUCCUUCAA